GCCUCCACGCUAAACCAAGUAACUAAACGGGUGAACCACCCUAAUGUGAGAAUGCACUUUCAUGUAACCGAGCACACACACAUACAUACAUGUGUAUAUAUAGGGCCAAAUAAUUGCUACGCCGUUAGCACAUACACAUGAAUGUCCUUUUACCGCUUGAAUAUAAAACUUCGUUAAGUUUCCCCUCCAAACAGUUUGUUGCUUGGAGGUCAAACUUAAUUGCUCAAGAUUAAGCUCGGUCACUUCUAUCGAGCACUUCGACCACACCGGAAGCGAUCCAGCCACGACUCCUGCGUAUUUUUCAAGUCCACAACACAAGGAGCCAUAAUCAGAGCACCAUCACAAGGAGCACCUGGUCAAAUCCUCUAGCACAAGGAGCACAUACAUAUUUCUUUUGCGGCUCCACAAUCAGGGCAAUCAGCCACUGCGAGAUCCAAAUAACACGGAGCAUUUCAAAUAAGAGGAGAAACACCAAGUGCAUCCGUCACCAGCUAAUUACCAACCCAAACACACACUUUUAUAAAAGGUAAUAAUGACUCGCUAUACAAUGCUAAGAAAGAAAGCGGAACGCCACGCUCAUCGUUACCCGAUAGCGUGCCGGCUAUGCGAGGGUAAGCACCCAAUCCGUCUAUGCCCAGUAUAUCGAGCAAAGACCCCGGAAGAGCGUUUGCGAGAGGUCCUGUUAGGGCGGUUCUGCGGCAAUUGCUUGUCGAUGACGCAUCGUGUACAAAGGUGCACCAGCCGCGAUCGAUGCCGCCGAUGCCAUGACAAGCACCAUACGACGCUGCACAUCGACGAAGAGCCCGUUGACCGGAGACCGUGGAGCCAGCAGGUUGCCAGCGAAGAGGAAAGAGACAACGUCCUCUCGAUAUACGCGUCAGACUCCGGAACGGAUUCCCGAACCCGCCGCCCUGAAAUCGAAGAGGGCGAAAUAAUUGAGCCUGUAGCGGAAGCGAAUUUUCCAAUAUCGACGGGGGGAUCGGAAACCCGGACUUUUCGACUCCCGUUAGCACAUAAAAGGCGACAACAUCAACGGGCGCCGCAGCGUCGCGGAGCGGAGACUCGGUCUUUCCGCCGGCGAUCCAUACGCAAAAAGGCUACCGGUCAAGAAGGGCAACGGCAACGGGCACGACAGCGCUGCGGAGCGGAGACUCGGUCUCUCCGCCCGCGGUCCAUACGCCAAAGGGCUAUCGGUCAAGAAGGACAACGGCAACGGGCACGACAGCGCUGCGGAGCGGAGACUCGGUCUCUCCGCCCGCGGUCCAUACGGAAAAGGGUUUCCCGUCAAGGAAAACAACGACAGCGCCGUGGAGCGGAAACUUGGACUUUCCGCCCGCGGGACACAAACAACGUGGCCUCAAGACGCGAUGAACGACGGGGUGGACUGGUGACUCGGCCUCGCCAGCUACCCGUCGCCUUUAGAUCCGGCCAAGUAACGCUAGCCGCUCAGGGCUUGAGACCAUUUACGGCAAUUUCCCCUACAGCCAUAGUAAAGAUAGAAUCUAGGGGACGCUUACACCUCGUACGCGCCUUAAUUGAUGUGUGCGCGCCAGCGUCUAUAAUAUCGGCUAGUCUGAUGCGAGAAUUGGGCUUGGAGGAGAGUGGCUUCGGGCACCAACGAAGCUGCAUGAUUCGGCUGAGAGGAAAACAUGGGCAGGGCGCCAGGCUGGCGAUCCACGCAGCAGUAGUCGGUAACUACGUGCAGCUAAGCCCUACCGCCAGUGUCGACCGCUCGAUAGCCGCAUCAUAUAACAAUAUUCGCCUGGCAGACCCGAACUUCUUCACAUCGACUCCAAUCCGCUUGGUGCUAGGAGCAGACGCCUACCCGGAGAUCGUUCUGCCGGGCACGUUGCCCACGUCCUUCGGCCCUCUCGUGGCUCAAAAUAGCAUAUUCGGCUGGCUAUUAUCAGGGGCUUGCCGAUCUUAAACUACGUAUGACUGAUAUGUAGUCUCCGUUUUUAUACGAUACCAUUUAUUUACUUUUAUUCCCAAAUGAAUUAUGGAAACAAACUAUUUAUUGAAUUUUGAAUAAAUAUAUACGAAAUUUGUGCACUGAAAUGUCAAGCCAUGUCCUGUUUAUUUCAUUUUUUCUUCUACAGCCUUAGGAAACCGACGCGCUCACCAAAAAGUGGCAGCUGCGGAUCCAGCUUAAUGGAAAGAAAUAAAGCUAAUAAGUUUAGAAUAGUUUUUUUUUCACAUGGAGGAGUAAUGGCUGAAUCGCUCGACUUCUGUUGCGUAUAGCAAGGGGGCCGGCAUGUUUAGGCCUCCACGCUAAACCAAGUAACUAAACGGGUGAACCACCCUAAUGUGAGAAUGCACUUUCAUGUAACCGAGCACACACACAUA